GGCGUGGCCGGGCCCCGGCUCGGGGCGGCGGCUGAGGCGGCCGGGGCGCAAGCUCGGCCCGGGGUGUUGCUGCGGCCCUUCGCGCCGUUCCCAGGGGCUGCGGAGGCUGACGAGGGCGGCGGCGACUGGAGCUUCAUCGACUGCGAGAUGGAGGAGGUGGACCUGCAGGACCUGCCCAGCGCCACCAUCGCCUGCCACCUGGACCCGCGCGUGUUCGUGGACGGCCUGUGCCGGGCCAAGUUUGAAUCCCUCUUUAGAACCUAUGACAAGGAUAUCACCUUUCAGUAUUUUAAGAGCUUCAAACGAGUCAGAAUAAACUUCAGCAACCCUCUGUCUGCCGCAGACGCCCGGCUGCAGCUGCACAAGACCGAAUUCCUUGGAAAGGAAAUGAAGUUGUACUUUGCUCAGACUUUACACAUAGGAAGUUCGCACCUGGCUCCGCCAAAUCCCGACAAGCAGUUUCUGAUCUCCUCGCCUGCCUCUCCGCCUGUUGGUUGGAAACAAGUGGAAGACGCUACUCCCGUCAUAAAUUAUGACCUUUUAUAUGCUAUCUCCAAGCUUGGGCCAGGAGAAAAGUAUGAACUACAUGCGGCGACGGACACCACCCCCAGCGUGGUGGUCCACGUCUGCGAGAGCGAUCAGGAGAAUGAAGAGGACGAUGAGAUGGAAAGGAUGAAGAGACCCAAGCCCAAGAUCAUCCAGACCAUUAGGCCAGAGUACACACCCAUCCAUUUAAGCUGAAGUGGCGCCCGAACAAAGAAGUAUUCCACGUCGUACUCACGGGGAGGAACCUUUUACCGUGGCAGUGGCUGCUCCCAACUCGGGAGGUGGCAGCUGCGGUCGUCGUGUCCGAAGUCCCAGUUCAUGUUGCUCGGAAGAGAAUCAAGGCUUUGUCUUCUUGUUCUGAUGCUGCACAUCGGUCAAGUUCAUGGCGUCCAGGAAUGUCCUGGGCCAAUCACUGAGUUGGCGGUGAUCGCACAAGGACAUUUGGAGACGUCUUGAGAAAACCGAUUACGAUAGUGUUUAUACGUGUUCUUUUCUGGCGGGUCAUUCUCUUUUUGCCAAGGGCAGGCUGAUCAUGGGUGGGUCGGGGGAGAGUUUUCUGUUUCUAAUCAGGGGGCAGUGUAGAAUCUCUACUGGUCAAAGAGGCACCAGGCAAAGUGUUGAGGGCAAAAAGGUUGUUAAAACAACUAAUGCAAGGGUGGGAGUUGUAGCGCUUCAUUCUCAUUUGUUUCCCUCAUGCUCCAGUGUCUGCAUGUGUGUUACUGGUUUUCAAAACUAACCUUUGUUUGUAUAGAGUCACACCAUGGUUGUUGUCCAUCUCUUAGAAAGCUAGGAAAGCAUUUGAAAAAUGUAUCACCCUUCCAGAUUCAAGACUUUCUUCAACAGCACACAUUUCCUACCCGGAUUACAUCUACUCAGCAUCCUAUCUGGUGCAACCUGUAACUUAUGCGUUGCAAAAGAAGUUCAUCUGAUAUUCCUAUGUGCAGUUUAGGUUAUAAAAUUCAGAGACUAGCAGUUUCACUGCCAGCUUUUAGUGGGUGAGAAUUUUUAGUUUAGGUAUUUUGGGUUGGACAGAGGUUUCACUUGUUUCUCUUACAUGGUGGUUUAUAUACAUGAAUCAUAACCAAAUACCUUUUUUUGGAACUAUCGGUUGAGAAAGUUGACUUUUACCCCCACUAAAGCACCAAAAUAAACUUGUAAAUAAAGCUGGUAGCAUAUAUUCGUAACUGUUGUACACUUGGGUGAAAAAUAUGGCAGUGAAGAAUAGUGUAAGAUGUGUUCCUCUACCUGUGAUUUGUGUGUUGUAGAAAAUGCUGUUAAAAUGUUUAACAGGACUUGAGUUCCAAGCAUGUAAAGUGGAUAGUCAGUGUGUGAUGAUAUGAGAGGGAUGCAGUGCCUUUCCCCAUUAAUUCCUGAUGGAAUUGUCCCACUAGGUUAGCGUUUGUAAUUUUUUUCUAGUUGAAAUGUGUAUGUCUGGUAAAUAGGUAUUAUAUUUUAGCCUUACACUACCAUAACAAAGUUUGUCAUUUUGGAAUACCUAAUGCCAAGUAACAAUGCAUGCUUUGGAAAUUUGGAAGAUGGCUUUCUUUAAGAAACAAAUAUGUUUGCAUUAAAUUCUUGGGUGGUUCAUGUCAAGAAAUUGAAUGUUCUCAAAACCCUGUUUACAGUACUCGGUGAGGGGCAAAGCAGGUGAGAGAGACCACUGCAUAGCUGUCCAAGUGUUUCUAGUUAUAAGUGCUUUUAAACUGGAGAGGCUAACCUCAAAAUAUUUUUUUUAACUGCAUUCUAUAAUAAAUUGGCACAAUAUGCUCUUUACUGAAAAAAAAAAAAAGAUUUUAUUUUUACUGUAACUUCUCUUUAAAUAAAGCUGUCUUUGGGGGAAGCUUAAAUUCACUUGAGUGUAAGCAAUG